AAUGUCUGUGCAUCUUAUGGAGCGGCCGGCCCGGAAUUCCCACCGCUACCGUGUUAGAAUACCGGGCCGGCCACUCGGCUCUUCUGUGCUCCUCGGCCCUACCUGUUCCUCGGUCCAGUAGUGUCCUCAUCGUCUUUUCUUCCCGGCACCGGCAUCUUUAGUCUGGGUGCUCACUGUGCUGCACUUUGUACGCAGUGUUUGGUUAUCUCCUGUACUAUGUCCACAGUCUCCGGUCAUCUCCUGUACUUUGUCCGCUGUCUCCGGUCAUCUCCUGUACUAUGUCCGCAGUCUCCGGUCAUCUCCUGUACUAUGUCCGCAGUCUCCGGUCAUCUCCUGUACUAUGUCUGCAGUCUCCGGUCAUCUCCUGUACUUUGUCCGCAGUCUCCGGUCAUCUCCUGUACUAUGUCCGCAGUCUCCGGUCAUCUCCUGUACUAUGUCCGCAGUCUCCGGUCAUCUCCUGUGCUAUGUCCGCAGUCUCCGGUCAUCUCCUGUGCUAUGUCCGCAGUCUCCGGUCAUCUCCUGUGCUAUGUCCGCAGUCUCCGGUCAUCUCCUGUGCUAUGUCCGCAGUCUCCGGUCAUCUCCUGUGCUAUGUCCGCAGUCUCCGGUCAUCUCCUGUGCUAUGUCCGCAGUCUCCGGUCAUCUCCUGUGCUAUGUCCGCAGUCUCCGGUCAUCUCCUGUGCUAUGUCCGCAGUCUCCGGUCAUCUCCUGUGCUAUGUCCGCAGUCUCCGGUCAUCUCCU